AAUAAUUCAAUAUACCCACUUAUUUUGCUUUAUAUAGAAGAGCAUUAAAGAAUCUUAAGACAUCGCCUUUCUUCCUUAAAAAAUCUUUAUCCUGUAGUUAAAACUUUUGCAGUAAUUUACCUCUGCUAGUAAAGAAAAGAUGGAGAAGAGGGUUUUUCUUUUUGCAGUUACUUUGGUAUCAGUUCUUCAGAAUCUGCAAUUUCCAGUGGCUAAUGCUCAAACUAAAGGAAGAAUAGUAACAGUUUUGAGUAUUGAUGGAGGUGGCAUUAGAGGAAUUAUUCCUGGCACUUUUCUUGCCUUCCUUGAAGCCAAACUUCAGGAAUUAGAUGGACCUAAUGCAAGAAUUGCAGAUUAUUUUGAUGUAGUAGCAGGAACAAGCACAGGGGGUUUAAUUGCUACUAUGCUCACAGCUCCUGGUGAAGAUAAUCGCCCCUUAUAUGCUGCGAAAAACAUUACCAGCUUCUACUUGGAGCAUGGCCCCAAGAUCUUCCCCGAGAGAAGGUAAAUUAAUUUUGUCGAGAUUUGCUUAAUUUGCUCGAUUAUUAUUGAUU